GCCGCGACUGCACUGAACCGCGCAAAGAGCGCUCCGACACCAGGAGUUGCUUCAACUGCGGAUCGGCUGACCAUAUGAGCCGCGAGUGCUCGGAGCCGAAGAAGGCGCGCAAUAUUACGUGUUAUAACUGUCAGGAAGAGGGACACGGAAGCAGAGACUGUACGAACCCGAAGAAGGAGCGCGAAGGAGGGCCCCGACGGACCAACAAUAACAGCUCUGCCGCCGAUGACUGGGGAUCGGGUGGCGCGACGACCACCGCUAGCAAUGGCGGCGGCGCUGCCGAUGACUUCGAUUGGGGAACUGGCGGUGAUUCGAGUGCCAACGCGAACGAGGUGUUGGGAGAGGACGGCAAACCCCUUCCCCCACCCUAUAGGCCGACACUCGUGGACGAGAACUCGGAUGGUCUGUACGACACGACCCCCACUGGCAUUAACUUCAGCCGAUACGAUAAGAUCAAUGUGAAUGUGUCGGGCAAACUGGCGCCGCCGCCCAUCAACGCCUUCUCGGAUGUGGUGAAGAGCACUCUCAUGACGGAAGCCAUCGAGAAGUGCAAGUAUACCAAACCAACGCCUGUCCAGAAGUACGCCAUUCCUAUAAUCGCUGCAAAGCGUGAUCUCAUGGCCUGCGCGCAGACCGGCUCUGGAAAGACUGCGGCCUUUAUUUUGCCAAUCCUUCAGAAUCUGCUCUCAAUGGAAGAGCUGCCGUCACUCUAUGGACAGGCAGUCCAGGAGCCCCUUUGCGUCAUAAUCUCUCCCACUCGGGAACUGGCCAUCCAAAUACAUACCGAAGCCGUCAAGUUUGCAAAGGGAAGUAUCGUUAAGCCGUGUCUCAUAUAUGGCGGCACUUCCUCUGGAUAUCAAUUGGCGAACAUCUCGCGCGGCGCUCACCUACUGGUGGCCACUCCGGGCCGUCUGUUGGACUUUGUGUCGAAGGGAAAGGUCUCCUUCGCUAACCUAAAGUACCUGGUCUUAGACGAAGCCGACCGUAUGAUAGAUCAGGGCUUCCUUCCAGAGGUGCGCCGAAUGGUGACACACGAGACAAUGCCCGACAAGACUAACCGCCAGACUCUCAUGUUUUCGGCCACUUUUCCCGACGAAGUGCAGCGUUUGGCUCAAGAGUUUCUGAACGAGAACUAUUUGUUCCUAACCGUCGGUAUCAUCGGUUCGGCCAACUCUGAUGUCGAACAGACUUUCAUCGAAGUCGACGGAAAGCAGAAGCGAUCGAAACUGAUGGACGUCUUGCGCGGCUGUGAUUCCAAUGACAGGACUUUGAUUUUCGUCGAGAAGAAGAAGACGGCGGACUUCAUUGCUUCAUAUCUAUCGCAGAAUCAACUGAUGACUACUUCCAUACACGGCGACCGCUUCCAGAGUCAACGCGAACAGGCGUUGUAUGACUUCAGAUCGGGACGAAUGCCAGUACUGGUGGCCACUUCUGUGGCGGCGCGCGGUCUCGACAUCAAAGAUGUGAAGCAUGUAAUCAAUUAUGAUUUGCCAAAAGAAAUCGAUGAAUAUGUGCACCGAAUCGGGCGCACCGGUCGUGUGGGUAACGUAGGAAAGGCCACCUCCUUCUUCGACCCCACCAGUGAUACGGACGUCACUCUAACCGCUAGUCUCAUAAAGAUCUUGGAGGGCGCCGACCAAGUGGUGCCCGACUUUCUACGCGACUCCUCCUCAGGAGUCCGCAACUCAAUGAAUGGCGACGACUUUGGGGCCACUGAUUGUCGUGGAGAAACCACCACAAAGGCCGCCGCUGACGACGACUGGGAC